UGGGCUCUGCGACACUUUGAGGAGAAGGGCAUCUUGUUGGCUGUCCGAGGGCAGUUUUUUAAAGAAGCAGUGGCAAAGGGUCAGUCGGCACUGAUUUUGGCAGCAGUUAUAGGAUUGUUACCGGGACAUAUAUUUCCACGAGCCACCGGUUGGAUACUACAGGAGCCAUGACGGAAGACUUUCAGGUUAAAGGUGGCGUGCCAGAGUCUAAUCGAAACGCGCCCUCUGAAAAAGCACCACUCCAGGUCAUUGAUAUUAUCGAUCAAAUGGCAAAUUCUGUGGAGAUAUUCCCCUAUGAAAAUGCAGAGUUUAAUCCUGACUCUCUGCUUGUGCAAGCAGAUCAAGAAGGAGCUGAUCACUGUGUAGAAAAUGCAGCCUGUGGUGUUGCCGGUGGGGAGAAAGAAUGUCAAGAUCUCUGUGAGGAGAAUUAUCUUCUAAGUGCCAAAGGUCAUGAAGGAAUUGAUCAGGAGGAAAGGAUCACACAACAUCUUUGGGAGGAAAAGGCCCACCACACUAAUGAGGCCAAGGAGGAACAGGAAGAAGCACAGCUGCAGGAACACAAGGAGCAAACUGAAACGGAAACAUACUUGGAAGUCAAUGAGAAUGCAACAGAAGAAGACUCUGAUGGGGCAGAAGAAGUCAUGCAGAAUGAAAAUAACGGAGAGUCUCAUAAAAAAUGGCAGGAAACCAAAAGCAAAGAAUUUUCCCCCUUCAAUCCCAGGAGUAACUCUCUGAUUGAGCAACCAAGCGAGCAGCCAGGCUCCAUGAAAAAAAGUGAUAUCUCCCGGCACACUUACUCUCGAUACAAUACGAUAUCUUAUCGGAAGAUCCGCAAAGGAAACACGAAACAGAGAAUCGAUGAAUUUGAGUCCAUGAUGCAUUCAUGAACUGAAGCAGAGAAUCUGAUUAGCAUGAUGAGACUUCCCUCCUUCCACUGGGACAAUUCUCUCCCUUGUAACAU